GUGAUCAUGUUGUCAGUUUCGAUUUAAAAUUCUAUCAGUCAAGUUACACUUGAAUCGGUUACAAUGACAAUCAACUUUGCGUUGCUAUCUUCCAUGUUAUUGAUAUUUGUUGUCAAUUAUUCUUGUGCGUUUGUCGUAAUUUGUUUCGUAAGAAACGGUGUAAACGUAAACAGGACUUCUGACUCCGAAAUUGUUACGUAUGCAGUUGCACGUGUAAGUCUGGAACUGACAGAAGACGACAUUUUUAUAGACAGCAACCGUGCCAUUGAGCGCAGACAAGAACAAAGGAUGUUAGUGAAUGAUAAAGAGUGUAAUGGAAUUAUCAGUCAAAGUGCAAAGUCUUCCAUAGAAGUUUGCAUUGUAAGUGAUCAAUGCAAAACAUUUCACUUGGAAAAUAACGCAAAGGUCAAGACCUUGCGCGAUAAGUUGCUCGCUUCGUUGCUAAAAUAUUACAGCGACGAAAAAUGCGCCGACAUUGUUUUUCUAAAUAACAAAGGGCAAGUGAUCCAGAGUGAAGACGAAAUAGAGGUGCCAUAUCGAAGUAUUGUGAAAAACGGUAGAAUCGAAGCAUACAAUAAAUUCAUCGACAAUACGACCAAAUUAGAUAUCACAUGGCUUCUGUACAAUCAUCGAGUGCAAGUGAACAUGCUCUUGCCAUUGAGUAGUUUGCGAUAUUGGAUAAUGAAACCAAAUGCUUGUCCUAAUUUAACAAGUAAACUGAAUUUACCCGGCAAGGCAUUGUUUCCAAAUGCUAUCGACGAUUUAGCACAAAAUUGGUUAGCUAGAGACAAACGCGCGCAACUCCAUCAAGUAACAAGCCGAAACGUGACUCACUACAGCAAAUAAUCACUCCUCAAUAUUUCGUAUAUAUCGAGAAUAUAAGCGGAAGAAUUGACCUGCGCCAUUCCUCUCUGUGCGAUAUAGCGACAAGCGAUU